UUGGACCUUCUGACUUAAUUUACCCCAAAGGGAAAAGAGGAGAAGAGUCAGGUUAAGUCAUAGGUCAUAGGUCAUAAGUCAUAGGUGGGUUCGGUACCUGGAUCUGUCAUAGGUGGUUUUGGUACCUGGAUCUGUCAUAGGUGGGUUUGGUAUGUGGAUCUAUUAUAAAUGGGUUUGGUACCGAUCACGUGACGUUUCGAAACCCGUCUCGAGCAAUACGUGCCAAAGCCGGAAGUGACGAAAGGUUUCGAAACAGUUCGAUCUUGGGUGUCGAAAUUGCCGUCUCUAUCUGACGCUGAGAUUUCCGAGCUUUCAGCGGGUCCCUGAAGGACUCUCAAACUUGGUCAACAAGCGGCGGAGCUCCGCGCUUCAUCCCGGGACUUCUGCUUCACUUUAACCGGGAGAUUCUCCGGUAAACGGGUCCCCGCUCGGUUCAGUCCGUCACACAGAGUGUCUGCUGAGGUGUACCGGGAGACGGCGCCGGUAGAGCCGCGGUUUGUCCCGUCAGAGCCGGUAGAAACGGAGCGGAGCUCAGCGUCUCGCCGACAGGAGCACACUUCCAUGUGGGCAGAUUAUCAGCGACUCUCCGAACAAAAGACCCGCUCCGCUGCGCUCCUCCCCGGCCGCCCCCGCGACCCCGGCUCCACUCCGGGACCGGAGGCCGCUCCGUGAGUUCGGUCCGGUCCGCCUGAAACGGUUUCCCUCCUUUUUUUUCUUUUUCAAAGAGCCGCCGGUGGCCGCGAGAUGCCGCUUCUUCACCGCCGAGCCUUCAUCCGGCAGAGCCCGCCGGCCGACCUGCGGCCCGACGAGGAGGUCUUCCUCUGCAAGAUCACCCACGAGAUCUUCCGGAGCUACGACGAGUUCUUCGAGAGGACUAUCCUGUGCAACAGUCUGGUGUGGAGCUGCGCUCUGACGGGUCGGGCGGGCCUCACCUACCUGGAGGCGGUGGAGAGCGAGCGGCGGGCGAAGCAGAGCCUGCAGAGCUUCCCUCCGUCCCUGCUGGUCCCUCUGCUUCACCUGGCCGCCCUGAGCCGCCGCUGCAGGCUGUCCGAGGUCUGCGAGGACGUUUACACCUUUGUCAAAGACCGCUUCUUCCCCGGAGAGACGGUGGACGUCACGGGACGCAACGGAGCCAGACUUGCGUGUGAGAUCCUGCAGGUUGACUCUCCUCACUCCAGCGCUAAUGGAGCGCCGGCCGCUAACGGCUAUGCCAAACCAGCUGCCGACGACGCCAUCGUGAUCAGCGACAGCGACGAGGAGAGCGACGCCUUCCAGAGUCCCACGGCAAAGGUCAACGGGAAGAAGACGAAGCCUCUGAGUCCGUCAGUGUUCAGAUACACAGUGAGGCUGAAGAGGGACGAACACAGCGAGCCGUUCACUGUGAGAGCCAAUCAGAUCAG